AUAUUGGGAAGUUAGUAUAAACGCUGGAGUAGAAGCACUGGGAAAAAAAGCUAGAACCGGAGAAGGGGAAGAAAAUGUCCAGAGCACACUGUUUGGUGUUAGCCUACCCAGCCCAAGGCCACAUAAACCCCAUGCUCCAAUUCUCCAAGCGCCUGGAACACAAAGGACUCCAAGUAACACUUGUUACCACUCGAGCCAUUUCUAAUACCAUACACAAAGCACCAUCAUCUUCUUCUUCUUCUUCCAUUGCACUGGAGACCAUAUCAGAUGGCUAUGAUGAAGGUGGUAUAAUCCAUGCAGAGAAUAUCCAGGCCUACUUCGAUCGAUUUUGGGAGGUUGGCCCCAAGUCCCUUGUCAAUCUUGUUGAAAGGUUAAACAGUUCAGGCUCAGGGAGCUCUGUUGAUUGUAUAAUAUACGAUGCAUUUAUGCCUUGGGGUCUUGAUGUAGCUAAGAAAUUUGGGUUGGUUAGUGCUGCUUUUUUCACUCAAUCUUGUGCAGUAGACAGCAUAUAUUACCAUGUCCAUAAGGAACUUAUCAAACUUCCUGUUUCCGAGUCAGAAUUAAUUCUGCUUCCAGGAUUGCCGCCACUUGAGCCUCAGGAUUUGCCUUCUUUCGUUUAUCAUCUGGGGACAUACCCUGCUUUCUUUGACAUGCUUUUGGAUCAGUACACCAAUAUCCAUAAAGCAGAUUGGAUAUUUUGCAACACAUUUUAUGAGUUGGAAAAAGAGGUGACAGAUUGGCUUGCCAAGAUCUGGCCAUUCAGAACAAUUGGACCUUCCAUACCAUCUGCAUACUUGGAUAAGCGGCUUGAAAACGACAGAGACUAUGGUUUCAGCCUAUUUAAGCCUAAAAAUGAUGUCUGCAUGGCUUGGCUAGAUGAGAAACCAAAGGGGUCAGUUGUAUAUGUGUCAUUUGGAAGCCUGAUAGAUCUAAGCAUAGAGCAAAUGCAAGAACUUGCCUGGGGAUUGAAGAGGAGCAAGAGUUAUUUUUUGUGGGUUGUCAGGGAAACAGAAGAAGCCAAACUCCCAGAAAAUUUCCAGGAGGAAACUUCCAAGAAAGGCUUGGUUGUGACAUGGUGUUCACAGUUAGAGGUAUUAGCACAUGAAUCAGUGGGUUGCUUUCUCACACACUGCGGAUGGAAUUCUAGCCUGGAGGCUUUGAGCUUGGGAGUCCCAAUGGUAGCAAUGCCACAAAGGACAGACCAGAGUACCAAUGCCAAGUACAUUAUGGAUGUCUGGAAAAUGGGACUUAAGACUCCAGUGGAUGAGAAAGGGAUUGCUAGAUGGAAAUCUAUACAAUGUUGCAUAGAGGAAAUAAUGGAGGGAGAGAAAGGGAAAGAAAUAAAAAGAAAUGCAUCCAAAUGGAGGGAACUGUCCAAUCAAGCAGUGGAUGAAGGUGGAAGUUCUGAUAAAAAUAUUGAUGAGUUUGUAAUGAGAUUUUCUUUUAGAAGAAUGCUUUAGGAUGCGUUUGUCCUUUUUUUAAUAUAAUAUUUAAAUUUAGAGAUUAUCUUAUAAGAAUGAAACAUUUUGAUAUAA